AUGAUUCAAAAGGCACCACCGUUCAACUCCGUUCCAUUGCCAUGCGCAGAAAUUCAGAUCGUCACGUUGAUCACGAGCUGUGCCUCAGCCACGGGAUGCGCUUCUCUGCUGCUGGCACGCCUAGGCUUUUCUGCGAUUUCCUCUGCCAUUUUGGGCGGGGCUGCAGCAUGGCCAUUUGGUUUGUUGGUGAAAGCCUUGCGAGGGACCCCAGGACCUGAUGAUGAACCUGGAGACGUUUUUGUCAAGAGGGCGGACUUCCAAAUCCAACAAAUCGAACGUCAGGCAUUGGACGCCAGCGAGCAGGUGAGAAUCAAAGAGCUCCUGUCGGAUGAAAAGGAGCGAUUUUUCUGGGCGGAUGGGGCAGCACGGCUUUGCCCCGAGGGGCAGACUCCUGCGGGAGAGGCUGAACUCCUGCGGGAGAGGCGGGGCUGUGGCCCAGGCGGCAGCAUGCCGGGCCCCUGGAUAGGGGCCAUGGACAACAGUGGGUUCAUGGCCUCUCGGGACUGGGAGGUUGGAGACCUCUUUGAGUGUCGCAUGUACGACAGCAGUCGCGAGGAACAGAAAAUGGCCAUCUGGAGGGCCACAGCCAUUGGCGAACGUUCACAUGGAAGGGCGCAUGAUGGAAAGGAUCCGUUGGCCUUCCACACAGACUACCUGAGAAUGUUGGAAGUCCGUGACAUCGAGCUGAGACGGGCGGCAUGGUGGCAAGUUGGUGUUGCCAAGACUGACUUUGAAGCUUUUCGCAAGAGGUUGCUAGGUGAGGCCCGUGGCAAGGCAAUCCUGGAGAAGCAGGCCGAGGAGGAUGUCUUUGACUUGGAGGCCUCCCCUGGUGCUGGGGGUGAGGGUCCUGGUUCCACUCCACCUGCGGGUGGGGCUGGUGGUGCGCUUGGCCGACAGCUGGCUGCGCUGAAAAAGGAUGUGGACAAGGAGCCUCAGAAGAAGAAGCACAAAAGGCGAGAGGAGAAAGGCAAGGACAAAGACAAGGCAAGAGGUGCAGAUGCUCCGGAACGGGAGAAACGCAAAAGGCCGAGGUCGAACUCACCAGCUGGUGGCGCUUCGGGAUCAUUGGUGAAAAAGGGGCCGCUGUGGUUUGGCAAGGCGAGGGCCCCGAAAGAAAGGGCCAGUUCAGAUGCAGGAUCAGACCGCUCCAGGGGACGUGGACGUCGGAGGCACUCGCGCUCACCGUCCUCGAGAAGUCGCAGCCGGCGGCGGAGAAGGAGAUCGAGGAAGGAAAGAGACAGGGGUCCCUAUGGCAUUGGGCGUGAGAUGGCAUUUGACAGGGGCGAGUCAGGCCCAUCUGCUAGCGAAUCGGCAGAAGAGGGUUUUCAACGGGGGGUCUCGGACAGGAGAAGCCACCAGCUGAAGCUAGUGGAAUACUCCCAGAAGAGGCCAGGUCGUCUGGCCAGCAGGCUCUUAGUAAAGAUGCAAGAGCUUCUGGCCCGCGACACCGGGACCCCCAUCAACCUCCUUGCCUCAGAGAACAUGACACCAGCAACCGCAACCGGGUACUUGCUGACGGUGCUCAUACCCACGCACAAAGACAAGUUGGGAGUGCGCUUGUUGCGCGAGAUGAGAACCGUGGCCAUGGCGCUCGACUACGUGGCGACCGGCCGUCAGGAAGCGGCAGCAGAUCUGCUAGCUCAAAGAAUGAAGGCCCUCGAACUUCAACUGGUGGACGGCGGGUGGCAAAGAGCGCAAUAUUUGGAGCUCAUCCAACCCGAAGGCGCAAGCCUCGCCGAGCAAGAAGAGCAGAGGAUGGCAGCCAGGGAGCAGGCAACAGAAGCGAAACUGAGGCUUCAAGUGCAGCCCAAGGCUCCCUGGAACCCCGAACCGAAGGGAAAAGGAGACGUGAAAGGCAAGGGUCGAGGAAAGAAAGGAGGAAAAAGAGGCGAGUGGACAACCGCCGCGGCGGAGAUCAAGGAGAAGGCGCCUCCAACAUAG